CGUCAGUGUCUGCUCCAGCCAUCUACCAUACAUCAAACUUCACGUCCGAUUUAACAAUUAAAUAUCCUCUACUUUCCCGAGACCUUGUUAAUCGAAAAUCGGUCCCCACUUCACUUUACCCACCAUGUCUGAUCCUGAAAGAGAGAAGGCGCUUUCGGAAUUCAAGACAAAGCUUCUUGAGCACCGAGAAUGGGAUGCAAAAUUAAAAAAUUUGAGGAAAGAGAUUAAGGAUCUUCAGAAGGAGUUCGACCAUACCGAGGAGAAUAUUAAGGCAUUACAGAGUGUUGGUCAGAUCAUUGGGGAGGUUCUGAAACAGCUGGAUGAUGAACGAUCUUCGUCUGGACCUCGUUAUGUUGUCGGUUGCCGCUCCAAGGUUGACAAAACAAAACUUAAGCAAGGUGUUCGUGUAGCGCUCGACAUGACUACCCUGACAAUUAUGAGAAUGUUACCUCGAGAAGUCGAUCCUUUGGUCUAUAAUAUGUCACUUGAGGAUCCUGGUCAGGUAUCUUUUGGUGGUAUCGGAGGUCUCAAUGAGCAAAUUCGUGAGCUAAGAGAGGUUAUCGAACUACCACUGAAGAAUCCAGAACUUUUCUUGAGAGUUGGGAUUAAGCCACCAAAGGGUGUUUUACUUUACGGCCCCCCGGGGACAGGAAAAACGCUGUUGGCAAGAGCUGUAGCAAGUAGUUUGGAAACAAAUUUCUUGAAAGUUGUGUCUUCGGCGAUUGUCGACAAAUAUAUCGGGGAAUCUGCCCGUCUGAUUCGUGAAAUGUUCGGAUAUGCUAAGGAGCACGAGCCCUGUAUCAUCUUCAUGGACGAGAUUGAUGCCAUCGGUGGACGCAGGUUUAGCGAAGGGACUUCCGCAGAUCGUGAGAUCCAACGAACUCUCAUGGAACUCCUCAACCAAUUGGACGGAUUCGACUACCUUGGAAAGACAAAAAUCAUUAUGGCAACCAACAGGCCGGACACCCUUGAUCCUGCGCUUCUGAGAGCCGGCCGAUUGGAUAGAAAGAUUGAGAUUCCCUUGCCUAACGAAGUUGGUCGAUUAGAAAUCCUCAAAAUCCAUGCUGCCUCGGUGUCGAAGGAGGGAGAGAUUGACUAUGAGAGUAUCGUCAAGAUGAGCGACCAGUUGAACGGCGCUGAUCUUCGAAACGUGAUUACGGAAGCUGGAUUCUUCGCCAUCCGAGACGACCGUGAUGCUAUUACCCAAGAUGAUAUGUCGAAAGCUGUCAGGAAGGUGGCAGAAGCCAAGAAGUUGGAGGGCAAGCUUGAAUAUCAAAAGCUUUAGUUGGUUCUUGUCUUUGUAAAGCAUGUAGUCCUACGACUCAUCGAAUACGUCGGAUGAUAAUUGAUGCUCUUUG